AUGCUGGCUGUCUCGUCUGACGACCUGCCCAGAGAACAGAUUAUCAAGCUUUUUGAGAAGCACUUGCAUUCCCAGAGCAAGGCCCUCGGCUCCCAUCUCCAACCGAGAAUCUAUUGCUUCAUUCCUGACAACUCGGUUGUUCUCCAGCACGCCUUCAACCAAAGCCAUGCAAAAGAAGACAUCAACAUGAGGAGCCCCACUUACGCGGCCUAUGCCUUCUGCCGCUCAGACCAUCUGAGAAGGGACUGGGGGAACGCAACCGUGGGGAGUUGGGGCCGAGGGAUUUUCGGGAUGCCGUGCGGAGUCAACGAGGGUGAUGGAGAUUCUCAAGGGGCUUAA